AUGAUGUCCUCCUCCAGCCAGUCAAUGGGGCUCCUCAGCUUGGUGGCAGGGUCUCUCUUGCUCUGUGUGCAUUUCUACAGCGUCACCUGUCCAAAACCAUUGCUCCCUGGAACGGCGCUUGGGGUCCUCCUGCUCCUUUUCUCCUCUCUGGUGGGAUACGCAGGGAUACAGAAGACUCUCCAUGGCUCCUCCUUGUUUGUGUCCCUCUGCCUGGCCAUCUCAGCCCUCUGGUGUGGUUAUGGAGUGGUCCAAAUCCUGGCUGCACAUGAUUUCCUCCACGGCGCUGCCGACUUGCGUGAUGCAGUCAUUCCAGGGUUGGUGGCCUUCAGCCUGGGCCUUUUGCUUGUGGCCCUGGUGGGCUUCCUCCAGAGAGAGGUCACCUUGGCCAUGAUGGCUUCUGCCAUCUCUUUUGCCUGUGCCCAUGAAGUAGCCUCUUUCUACGACGUUGGCUUUGGCUCAUCUGCCACAGCCUGUGGCUACCUGGUGGCUUCUCUGGCCAGUGGCUACAUUGUCCUGGGGAGAGGCCUUUUUUUCCUCAGCAAGGAGGCCAUCGUCUUGCCUGUCACAGACCUGGCAGAAAGAAGAGUCAGAGAUGGGCAGAUUCCAGUGGCUACCAAUGACUUGAUCCCUCUCAGCUUGAUCCUCAACGCGCUGUCGGCCAGUGUCUUUGGCUGCCGGCUCCUGGGCUUGACUGGUGACCUCUUUGUUGGGCAGGUCCCUUGGCUCUGGGUUGGAGCAGUCUAUCAGCUGGGGGUCUCCAUCUUCUCCUAUCGCAGGGGGUAUGCCCUGAUGGCCACCUUCUCCAGCUUCACUUCCCUGCUGGACUUUGCUGGAGGCUACUCCCUUCUCAUCUUGCUUUGGCUGCCAGAGUUGCCCGCCUUCCCAGUCCCACUUUUUGUGGGUUUUGCCCUCCUUUUGGCCACAUUGGCCAUCUUCCUUGUCCUCGACAGCCUGGCUGAUGGCCUCUACAUUCUCUUCUAUGUGGUCUGGUGUGUUGCUCUGGCUUGUAGCCCCCAUGGCUUUUUCAACAGUGGCCCUCAGGGUGUGUCAGUGGCCAUAUUUGUGGCCUCAGCCCUCAUGGCCCUGGUUCACCUUUACAACCAGAAGGCAAGCAUUCAAAUCCCGCGAGGGGAGUGGCUGCUCAAAUCUCAGCUCUCACGUCUCAGUGUUUUCAAGUUCUGGGAGGGCAAAGACCCCCAUGCUCCCUAUCUGGGCUACUCAAAGUAUGCAGAUGCUGAGGCCCUGGGCUACGCAUCAAGCAUGCUGGCUUCCUUUGCCAUCAUGUUGGCAGUCAACCCAGCCUCCCCACUUGCCAUGGUCAUCAUUCCAUGGGUGGUGGUUGCUGGAGGGCUCUUGACACUCCUGUGUAGCUUUGUGGCCAUCUCUCAUGGCAAGGUCUUAGAGAGCAGCACCUUCAUUUUCUAUGGGGCCAUGUGGAUGCUUUGGGGCCUUGCCAGAUAUGGCGGUCUCUAUGGCAUGGCUUGGAGCUUCCAGGUGUCCAUAAACAUUGGAACCAUCAUGGUCCUCAAUGCUGUCCUUGUCUUUGGCACACUCUUCCUGACCCUCUGUUGGUUUGCCUACUGCCUGGUCUUUGAGCUGGUCCUCCUCAGCUUUCUUUUGCAUGCCCUGGACAUCCAUUCCCCUGGAUAUGAGAUGGCCGUUACCAUCAUGUUUGGCCUGGUGAGCUUCUAUGGCUUCCUCUCAGCGCUGGUCAACAGCACUUUUGAAUGGCCCCGGCUCCCCGUGGGACGACCCAUCCUGAAAUUCAGAAGAGGAGGAGGAGAACCCACCUGUCCUCACCUGCCGGCCAGGAGAGCCUCUUCGGUCAAGCGAGUCGCAGAUAUCAUGAAGCAGGGAGGAGCCUGUGGGAUCCCCACAGACACGGUCUAUGUCCUCGCAGCAGCCUGCAAUCGACCUGAUGCUGUGGAGAAGGCUUACCACACUAAGCUCCAGGCUCAAGACCGUCCCAUGUCCCUCUGGAUUUCGAGUCUGAAACAGCUGGAACCAGCCAAGCAUCUCUUCAGCCCUGUUCUCUGGGACUUCAUGGAUGCCGCCUGGCCUUCACCCAUCAGUCUGGUGGUCCCACGAGGUAAAUGGGUGGACCACCUGGGCUUGGAAGACUCUGCCAAGUAUGUUGGUACUGCAAAGAACAUUGCCAUCCGCAUCCCAAAUUGCUCCGUCACCACACACCUCAUUGACUUGGUUGGUCCAAUUACAGUCACAUCUGCCAAUCCAACUGGAGAGGCGGACACCACCCACCACAACCAAGUAUAUGCCAAGCUGGGAGAUAAGGUAGAUGCUGUCUUAUGUGAUGGUCCUUCUCCAGAGAACAUUGCCUCCACAGUGGUGGACUGCACCAAGAUUGAGAACGGGAGUGUCGGGUUCUUCCGAGUCGGCAUCGUUCCCCAAACCCAGGUCCUUCAGAUACUUGAACAAGUGCAAAGAAAACAUCAUUUGGGUCAGAAGAACAAGACCACCAUGGCUACAGAAGGUGAGGAUGAGCCUGAAGACUUGCUGAGACCUGCCCCCAAUGGGUCUUCUGCUACUUAUGUGCCAGGGGACCCUCCAACGUUGUAUCCCAAUGAAGUGCUCUGCUCUGAAGAAGACCUUCCAUCCCAGGUGCUGGAAGAGGGAGGGGAUUGCCCUGAGAUGGGACCUCAGGCCAUCAGUCACAAAGGAGAAAAGAAUCCACCCUAG